CUAAUGGUCUAGAUAUCAAGCCGGAAAAAAUAGGGCAAAAAAAAAAAAGCCGGAAGAACACAAGCGCCUUCUCUCUUCCAAGCUAUACUCUUCGAAAAACCUUCAAAACCUUCGAAAAACCUUCGAAAAACCUUUGAUUUCUUCUGCGAAAUCUUCCUCUUCUAUUGAAUUAAGGUAUGCAAAUUAGAAAUUUACCAUUUUAUAGUUUUUAUUUUUCGAUUUGUUUUGAUUCAUUUUUUAGUUUUCGUUUUCUUCUGCGAAAAUUUCCUCUUCUCUUGAUUACUUAGUCUGUCAAAAAUCUUUACUUGUUUUCGUUUUCUUAUGUGUACCUUUUACAAAUUCAGAUUUGUUUUGAUUGAUUUCUUAGUUUUUCAUUUUCGUUUUCGAUUUAGUAUCUUCAAAACUGAGAGUCAGAUUUUCAUUUUCGUUUUUCUUUGUUGAUUUUGAUUUACAGACUCAGAUCUUGAUGUGAAUCUUCUUGUUGAUUUUGAUUAACAGACUCAGAUUGAGAUACUAUGGAAGAUUUACAAAAAGUGCUAAAUGUGGAAGAUUCACCAAAAACUUCCAACAAUGAAAAAGAAUUGUCAGAAGGGACUCAAACUCCAAGAACUAUUACACAAGUUACCCCAAAUGGUUCAACCCUGUGGAUUCCUCAUUGUGAGUUUGAUAAAAAGCCAUUUGUUGGUAUGGCUUUUGAAAACUUAGAGAAAGCCUUAGAUUUUUAUGGUAAAUAUGCUGAAAUUUGCGGUUUUGAUAUACGUUCAUCUACUACCUACAAAAAAAAGGGUAUUGUUUUUUUAAAAUAUUUUGUUUGUAGUAGGGAGGGUAUCAUAAAACCUAACCCUAAGAAAAGUGCAGAUGUUGUUGCACGUUAUAAGAGAUCAACCAAAAGAAUUGGUUGUAAAGCUAGAUUGAUUUUGAAAUAUGACAUAGCGAAGAGAACAUACCAUGUUUUAAAAUUCGAAGAGGCGCACAAUCAUUGUCUAGUUAGCCCUACAUCGCGUCAAUUUUUAUUGGGUAAUAGGAAAAUGACUUUGUUGCACAAAAAUUUCAUAUCUAAGAAUGCACGGGUUAAUAUAGGACCGGUCAAAUCCUUUAGAUUGUUUAAGGAAAAUGUCGGGAGUUAUGAGAAUGUGGGAGUGACAAUGCAAGAUUUUAAGAAUUUCCAUAGGGAUUUGAAAGCAUAUAUCAAAGGAGAUGAUGGGAAGAUGUUGAUCGAGAAUUUUAUCAGAAAAAGAGAUAUUUACACGGGGUUUUAUUUUGAUUAUGCUUUAGAUGAGGAGGACCACAUAUCACGUUUAUUUUGGGCCGAUGCGAUAAGUAGAAAGAAUUAUUGUUUAUUUGGAGAAAUGGUUACUUUUGAUUGUACUUAUAACACCAAUAAGUAUAGCAUGGUUUUAGCCCCUUUUACCGGAGUAGAUCAUCAUAAGUCUUGUAUUACAUUUGGUAUAGGUUUAUUAGCUAAGGAAGAUAGUGAAUCUUUUGAGUGGUUAUUUAGAACUUUUUUACAUUGUAUGGGGGAGUGUAUGCCAACAUAUUUGAUAACUGAUCAAGACCCUGCAAUGAAAAUUGCGAUUAAAAAUAGGUACAAACAAGAUAAGCUCAAUGCUGAAUCACUUCACACAAACCCACAAUAUAAAACACCAUUGCCGAUUGAAAAACAUGCCGGUGAAGUCUAUACUAGAAAAAUUUUUUUUCUUUUUCAAAAUGAAGUUUAUAAGUCUUGUUUCAAAACUUAUAUUCAAAGUAUUGAAAAGAAUGAAAGUGUGGAAAGUAUAACUGUUUUGGACUCAACGGUAAGUAAGAUGUACAAGGUGAAUUUUAUACUGGGAAGUUCGAUUGACGAGUUGAAGGUAGAUUGUGAUUGCAAGUUAUUUAAACGGAUAGGAAUAUUAUGUUCCCAUGCGAUUUGUGUUAUGAGUGCAAGACAAAUAACACAAAUACCAAAGCAAUAUGUUUUAGAUCGUUGGACGAAGCUAGCAUUAAAGAAGCCUAUUUUUGAUUUGCAUGGGAAUCUGAUUGAAGAGAGCAAAAAGUGUAACAACGUGGGGAAGUUGUUGGGGGAAGUUUGGUGUGAAAUAUUCAAUUGUGUAGGUUUAGCUCAACGGAGUGAGAGUGAUUUACAAUCACUUUUACAAAACCUAAAAGAUAUUAGUAGAAAAUUGGAGGAAAGUGAUGAUGUGAGGGUGGACAUUACUAAAGAGCAACAAAUCGAAUUGUUAGUAGGCACAAGUUCAUCUUCGACAAUGGAAAUACAAAACCCAAUCCAAUCAAAGAACAAAGGAAAAAGUCGAAAUUGCCCAUCAACAAAAGAUACCCCACUUAAGCUACUGUCUUCUGUACAUUUGACUGGUUAUGCACACGGAUGUUCUGCUGGAUUCAUAGCAUCCUCCUUACUAGUGGAUGCACAAGGUUUAGGAACAUCAGCUGUUACUGCAAUUUUAGGAUUCCUACAUGCUGCUAAAUUUGCCCAUUAA